CCCCCUUCCAUCCACUGCCCUUCCUAUCCCUUCUCGGCCGCCUCCCCCUCUCGACCCCUUCCCCUCUCUCCGCGCGCGGCCCCUGGCCCCGCAGACGCCUCCCGGCGCGCACACAGCAGACACGGAGAGCGCGGAGCCGAGUUCAACACACGCACCAGGGUCCACCUCUUGGAUUGUAGUCCACCUCUUGGAUUGCAGUCCACCUCUUGGAUUCUAGUCAACCUGUUGGAUUGUAGUCCACCUCUUGGAUUCUAGUCAACCUCUUGGAUUUUAGUCAACCUGUUGUAUUGUAGUCAACCUGUUGGAUUGAAGUCCACCUCUUGGAUUCUAGUCAACCUGUUGGAUUGUAGUCCACCUGUUGGAUUGUAGUCCACCUCUUGGAUUCUAGUCAACCUGUUGGAUUGCAGUCCACCUGUUGGAUUGUAGUCCACCUGUUGGAAGACUCGAGUGUCCCACCCCUUGGAUUCUACUCCGACCCCUCAGAAGACUCCGGGAGUCCAUCCUCGUCACCCCCCCACUCACCCACACCACCCCCCCACCGACCCCACGCCGCCGCCAUGAGCGACGCAGGCGUCGUGGUGGUGCAGGGUGGACGAGUGGUGAACGCGGAGUACUCGGAGCAGGCGGACGUGCUCAUCGAGGGCGGUGUCGUGCGCGCGGUGGGGCCGGCGCUGCCCGUGCCGGCCGGCGCGCGCCUCGUGUCCGCGCACGGCCGCCUCGUGCUGCCCGGCGGCGUCGACCCGCACACGCACAUGGAGCUGCCCUUCAUGGGGACCCGCGCCGUGGACGACUUCUACCAGGGUACCAGGGCUGCCCUGGCUGGAGGCACCACGAUGAUCGUGGACUUCGUCCUGGGGGCUCGGGGCAUCUCUCUGCUUGACGCGUUCCGCACGUGGCGAGGCUGGGCCGACCCCAACGUGUGCUGCGACUACUCGCUGCACGUGGGCGUCACGUGGUGGAGCGAGCAGGUAAGCGAGGAGAUGGGGGUCCUGGUGCGUAGCGAGGGGGUCAACUCCUUCAAGGCGUUCAUGGCCUACAAGGAGGCGUUCAUGCUGCGCGACCCCGAACUCUUCUCCGUGUUCCGCCGCUGCAAGGAGCUCGGCGCCAUUGCGCAAGUUCACGCCGAGAACGGAGACCUCAUCGCCGAGGGCGAAAAGGAGAUGUUGGAGCGCGGCAUCACGGGGCCCGAAGGCCACGAGCUGUGCCGGCCCGAGGUGGUGGAGGCCGAGGCCACGAACCGGGCCAUCACGAUCGCGGGGCGCGCGCGCUGCCCGCUCUACGUGGUGCACGUGAUGAGCAAGGCGGCCGCCGGCGUCAUCGCGCGCGCGCGCAGGGCAGGCCAGGUGGUGUUCGGGGAGCCAAUCGCGGCCGGCCUGGGCACGGACGGCACCCACUACUGGCACCGCGACUGGCGCCACGCGGCCGCCUACGUCAUGGGGCCCCCGCUGCGGCCGGACCCCACCACGCCAGGAUACCUCAUGGACCUCCUCGCCAACGACGACCUCUCGACCACGGGCACGGACAACUGCACGUUCAACGCGUGCCAGAAAGCGAUGGGAAAGGACGACUUCACCAAGAUCCCCAACGGCGUCAACGGCGUGGAGGACCGCAUGUCCGUCAUCUGGGAGCGCGGCGUGCACAGCGGCAAGAUGGAUGAGAACCGCUUCGUGGCCGUGACGAGCACCAACGCCGCCAAGAUCUUCAACCUCCACCCGCGCAAGGGCCGCAUCGCGCCGGGCUGCGACGCCGACCUCGUCGUGUGGAACCCCAACGCCACCAGGACCAUCUCGGCGCGCACCCAUCACCAGGCCGUGGACUUCAACAUCUUCGAGGGCAUGGAGUGCCACGGCGUGGCCGACGUCACGAUAUCGCGGGGCCGCGUCGUCUGGGAGGGUGGCGUCCUGGCCCCGGACCUGCGGGGAACGGGGCGCUACGUGCCGCGGGCUGCCUUCCCCGACUACGCGUACCAGCGCAUACGCGCGCAGGACCAGGCGAACCAGCCGCGCGCCGUGGAGCGGGAGCCGUACCAGGGGCCCGUGUUAGCGCCGGACGCGUGACCCGACGCUCCGACAACACCGCGACCCCCGGCAUCGCCGCGACUGCGGCAUCGAGGCGGCGGGAGUCGCCGCCUCCGCUCAGCUCCUCCCUGCAGCACCGGGCGACCGGGCGGCCCAGCUGUCGGGGUCACGCUUAUCGCCCUCGGUAGUGGCGUUUACCUAUCGAUUGCUGUCCUCUUUGUGUUUGCUUUUGUAAUAUUGGUGACUCGGGUCACCGUUGCAAAUGAGACUUUCAUCCUGGUCUCUUUUGGAUUUCGUAUCUGGUUAAACAAAUAAAUUGCACUUGGGUCUUUUGGGCGCAGGCUGAGCUACGCACAGAAGGGGAGGUGGGAGAGAAAUUACAUGCCAUGCCUAUGCAGACUAAGCUACACUACAGACCUAAGGAUAUGGAUCUGGGGAUAAGGAGGUGCAAACUCCUGACUCUCCGAGACAGAGAUUCAAUCACUUAAGCGAUUUCAAUAAAUCAACACAGCCGAGUAUCGUUUGAAGGUGGCGAUGUAUUCACACAUCUUUGAGUAUUCGUCGCGAACUGUUCGCACACACGGUUCCCGAUUUCUCGCCGAGGUGGAAGUGUGUGUAGGAACUCUGGACAGAGGUUCGACAACAUGUGAGAGUUCACACUUUUCCUCCCCAUCACCACCUUCUCGAGAGCUUUUCUUCAUUUUACCAGCGAGCAGUGUGCAUCACCCCGUGUCAGAGAAUGGCCCAAAAAAUUACGUGACAAAACUACCUUUGGAGUAAUUUGAACUGGCCUAUCGAGGUCAGUUAUGGCAAAAUUUGGUGCUCUCAUUGCGAUGGAACUUGGCUAAGUGAUGAAACAAAUGCCAUAUUUCUGUGCUAAAUCAUUCGUGACCAUGAUGAGACUAUAAAACUCGAUACACUUGAGAACCCAAUAAUCACCGACAUCUGCCUCAUCUCAAACCCAGGAACUCAACAAUGCAGGCUCAGUGCUCAGACCACCGAGUUGCCUGCCAACAAUAUUUAUCCUUCAGUACGAGCACCUUAGCUGAACUAAUCGGAUACUUAUGGGGGGGGGUAUUUUCGAACAAACAACAAGCGUUUCAAAACACAAUUGUGUUACUUCUGCCGCUGAAAGGGCCUCUCGCAGUGACAGAAGAGACUGUGUCUUGAUGCGUGGCUCACGAAAGGUGUUUUGAAAGUUUUAUGUAUCCCCCCCAGUAAAGAAAAGUUGCCCAUACCCUCAAAUAAACCAGCCCUGUAAAACCA